CCCCAGCGGCGCUUCGAAACCCAGUCAGUGCCGUCGCUGUAAGUGGUCCUGUGGCGGAGCUCUGCAGGGCCUGGACCUUCAGAUAGCCACAAUGGCCGAAAAUGGCGAUAAUGAAAAAAUGGCUGCUCUUGAGGCCAAAAUCUGUCAUCAAAUUGAGAACAAUAUAAAGCUGUAUAUAGAAAAAGUUAAUGGCUCUUCAACAACCUGCCGCCUCUCAAAUCCCACCCUCCUGAGUAUUAUUUUGGUGAUUUCAAUUUACCUCGGGACAAAUUUUUAAAGGAACAGAUUAAACUGGAUGAAGGCUGGGUACCUCUGGAGAUAAUGAUAAAAUUCAAUAGGUUAAACCGUCUAACAACAGACUUUAAUGUAAUAGUAGAAGCACUGAGUAAAUCAAAGGCAGAACUCAUGGAAAUAAGUGAAGAUAAAACUAAAAUCCGAAGAUCUCCAACCAAACCCCUCCCUGAAGUGACUGAUGAGUAUAAAAAUGAUGUAAAAAACAGAUCUGUUUAUAUUAAAGGCUUCCCAACUGAUGCAACCCUUGAUGACAUAAAAGAGUGGUUAGAAGAUAAAGGUCAAGUACUAAAUAUUCAGAUGAGAAGAACAUUGCACAAAGCAUUUAAGGGAUCAAUAUUUGCUGUGUUUGAUAGCAUUGACUCUGCUAAGAAGUUCGUUGAGACCUCUGGCCAGAAGUACAAAGACACGGACCUGCUAAUACUUUUCAAGGAAGAUUACUUCGCAAAAAAAAAUGAAGAAAGGAAGCAAAAUAAAGUGGAAGCUAAAUUACGAGCUAAACAAGAGCAGGAAGAAAAACAAAAGUUAGCAGAAAAUGCUGAAAUGAAAUCUUUAGAAGAAAAGAUUGGCUGCUUGCUGAAGUUUUCAGGUGACUUAGAUGAUCAGACCUGUAGAGAAGAUUUGCACAUCCUUUUCUCAAAUCAUGGUGAAAUAAAAUGGAUAGACUUUGUCAGAGGAGCAAAAGAGGGAAUAAUUCUAUUUAAAGAAAGAGCUAAGGAAGCACUGGAUAAAGCCAAAGAUGCAAAUAAUGGUAACUUACAAUUAAGAAACAAAGAAGUGACAUGGGAAGUACUAGAAGGAGAUGUGGAAAAAGAAGCAUUGAAAAAAAUCAUUGAAGAUCAACAAGAAUCCCUAAGCAAAUGGAAGUCAAAAGGUCGCAGAUUUAAAGGAAAAGGAAAGGGAAAUAAAACUGCCCAGACUGGGUCUGCUAAAGGAAAAGUACAGUUUCAGGGCAAGAAAACUAAAUUUGAUAGUGAUGAAGAACAUGAUGAAAAUCGUGCAUCAGGACUGGUAAAAAGAGCAAGAGAAGAAACAGACAAAGAAGAACCUGCAUCAAAACAACAGAAAACAGAAAAUGGUGCUGGAGAUCAGUAGUUGAGUAGACAUUUUUUUUACUCAUCUUAAUUAGGUUUUAAGCUGCUUUUGUCUUAGGAGGCUUUUAAAAAGAAAACCGAAUUAGGUCCACAUCAAUGUCCACCUGCAAGAAAGGAAAGUUUUUUGUUGUUUUUUUGUUAAUCCAAAUGAAGAUUUCUUUUUUUAAUGUAUAGUUGUUUUGUGUUAUUGCAGAUAAUUCAAAUAUCAAAGGAUUCUUCCGCUACAUUGCCUUUGUAAUAUGAGAAUGUAUUAGUACAAACCAAUAAAACAUACAUAAAAAGAGCAAAA